AUGGUGAGAUUGCUAAGAGAAUUGGGGCUAAACAUCACUUUUUUUCAGCCAAUACUACUAGGAAAAGAGUGGUACACUGCCCAGAAGUCGACUAUUCUCUAUGAGUGAGUUUUGAAACAUAUUUACCCGGGUGGCUCAAAAAUACGCACACUUUUGGACUCUAGGCACCCUUUGGCACGGUCUCAAAUACACAGAAAAAUAAUAGCAGAAGAGGGCAAUUUCAGAGACAUAACCGACGGCUUGGAGAGGUUUCCGAUUCCGGUAAUCUCGAGCCCGCGAUUCAAAAUGGAUACGGACAUUUUCGAGCAUUUCAAAUAUUCCACACGGAUUAUCGAUGUGGACGCGAAUUUGAGCUCGAGACGCGCCACACCCACUUUUGUAGGAUUUCUCGACUUUUCUGGGGAAUUUACACGCGUUUUUUAGGUCUGUAAAUGCAAGGGUCAGUGCGAUGAGAAGUGUGAUUGCUCUUCGGCUGUGUAUGGCUCAGGUACGUGAAUUCGUGGGCCUACACUCUAUUUUUUACCGUAUUCUGAAGACGAUAACGGUAGAUUUGAGCCGACGAUGGAGUCUGUAGCGAUUUUUCGAACAAAGUUAUGAUUUUUUGAAGUUUGAAUACACUUUUUUCUCAAAUUUCGACAAUUUUGACCUCUUUUUUUUGCAGGUGGUACUGUAGAAGACAUGGAUCAGCUAAUGUACGAUACGGUGCGAGAGUGUAAUGAAAAUUGUGAAUGUGCUCUUUGGUGCGGGAAUCGUGUGGCUCAGAAGGGCGCUGUUUAUCCGGUUGAGGUUCGUUUUUAUACUGUGUUUAUUAAUAGUUGGCAUUCCGCUGAUUAUUGUCAAUGGAAUUGAAAAAAAAACCUAUAAAAAGCGCGUGAAACUGUAGAUUUUUGCAAAAAAAUACAAUAACUACACAAAUUUCAACUUUCAACGAAUAUUGUGAGGUUCUAAGCGGUCCUGUGGCUCUCAAAAUUUUUGUGUGAAAUCUUGACACAUAGUACUGUAUUUUUGUAGUUGACACUUUUCCUGUACGCCCACGCACUGGGUUACUGUAGCUCCUGGAAGUUUGCAUAGACUUCUAGCCCCCUGAUCUUUGAAGAGCUACAGUACUCCAGUGCGUGGGCGUAGAAAAAAGGUGUCAACUGCAAAAAUGUAGUACAAAGUGUCAAGAUUUCAAAAAACACGUCUAUAGACGUCGACGACGUCAAAGACCUCAACAAAAAGUUGUUUUCAGAUUUUCGCUCGCGAUCCGUGGUGUGGAUGGGGUGUGCGGGCAUCCGUCGACGUUCCAUUCGGCAGUUUUGUCGGAGAAUACACUGGCGAACUGAUUGACGACGAAGAGGCGACCGAAAGAUGCGACUCGACGUUUUUGUUCGAGACUCGAGUGGUCGGUCGGCCCAUUUUUUUUUCUUUUUUCGAAAAAGUUUCGAAAAAAGUCACUUUACUUUAUGAUGAAACUGUCUUCGAACGGUUUACCCAUCCAUUGGGACCACGGGUGGUCCCGUCUGGAUCUUAAAUGCAUCUGUAUACACGUUCUCAAAAUAAACUGCCCGGGUUUCGCUUUCAGGGCUCCGAAACGUUCACAAUUGACGCCAAGUACUCGGGCAACUACACUCGAUUCAUCAAUCAUAGCUGCUCGCCGAAUGUUAAGGUAUCUUGACCGUUUGCAACAUCUACAGUAAUCCCGUUGAGGUAGCACAUGUGAGUUGGGAUUUCGACGAGGUUCAACUCAUUCACAUGUGUUUUUACACCAACGAACCGAUCAAGAAGGGCGACGAAUUGACGAUUGACUACGGAGAAGCGUGGUGGGCGAAUAAGGUACGGUAUUUCCGUUUUCCGAUGAUUUGUGUGUAUUCUAGAGAUGGCAGCCGUCAUUUUGAGCCAACGAUGGAGUCUGUAGCAUUUUUUAGACAAAAGUUAUGAUUUUUUGACUUUAAAUGACGGCUGGAGAAAGUUUGGGACGAUAACAAAUAUUGUCGUUUCAGAAGUUCGCGUGUCUCUGUGGAUCCGACGAAUGUAGGUAUCGAUAUGUGCGAAUUGCUCAUUGAUUCACCGAUUUAUUGUAAAUAAACUGAUAUUGAAACUGAUACUACAAUACUCGAGAAGCAAUGAGUGUGUACAGUAAUCCUACAGUAACCCGCGAUUGCUACUACUAUAUAUUUUGAAAAAUAAAACGUUUACUGUAGCGUGACCUUCACAGAAAAACGAUAAAACUAAACGUGGCGGGAAAUGUUUAUAAUCUUUGCAAAACAAAAAAAAACGCAUUUUAAUCGGCUUGGAAACCGAUAUCAAGAAAAUAAGAGCAAAAAAUGAAGUGAGUAUGAUUCGAGAAUCAUAAAAAGUGUCAACGAAGCCGAUUGUUUGCAGAGAAUCCUCAUCAUAUCACUCGAGAAGCGGUAAAAAAGCGAAACAGCCGAAAAUCGAGGUGGAAAUCGGAGCGCCGGAGCCGGUGGAAGAGCAGCAAAAGGUGCUCACUCGGCCCAAUUCGUGCACGGUCCUCGCCGUCGUCGUCACUCUUUUUCUCCUUUUUCUGCUCAUCGCCGGCCUCGGACAGUUCGGUCUACACGAAAAAUCGGCGUUCGAGUGGGAAAAUCGGCCGGUGAACGCGCCUCGCAAACGCUUGAAUUUGCCGUGUCAGACGCACGAGUGCGUUCAUUACUCUGCCGAUUUGGUGCGUUUUGAGCGUCUAGAAAUGCUUUUUUUGAAGACUAGACCAUAAAACAGCCCGGAACUCUACAAUAUCCGCUGCUUGCAGUCCGACAUAAUGGAUCCGUCGGUCGAUCCGUGCGACGACUUCCACACUCACGUCUGCGCCGGCUACGACCCGAGAAAACGACGAUGGGAGCAACUUUUGAAAUUAAUCGAUACGAAAAACUCGAAAGAGCACUCGCAGGCGUUCAGACUGGUCCGCAAAAUGUUGAGAAAGUGUGCGGCGGAAAGAAGAGAAGGCGAGAAAGUGGAUGUUGAGAUGGUGCUGAGGUUUGUCUCUAUAACUCUAGAGAUAUUGUAGAUUUCGAAAAGUGGUCAACUACAAAAAUGUUGAAAAUUGUAUGCCCUACAACUUUAUAAUUGAACAUAUUUUAUGAAAAUGCAACGUUUCUGAGUUAUGUCCAUUUUUCUCAGCAGUGCUUUUGAAGUGAAUUCAUCGGACAUACUGUUCAGAAAAACGUGCAUAACUCAAAACGUGCACAUUUUCAUGGAAAAUGGUCAACUACAAAGUUGUAGAGCAUAAAAUUUCCAACAUUUUUCAAGUUGACAAUAUUUAGAAACCUACAAUAGCUCUUGAGAUACACGCUUCAGAACUUUACAGUUUGAUCCUCCCGUCCCCACCUCUUCUGUUCCCUCUUCUAUCGCCCAAUUCGACGUUCAACGCGUCCGCCCACGCGCUCACAUCACUUUUGAUCCACGUGGCACUUCAUACGCCCGACGACGUCGGAUUAUUUGGAAUUCAGCCGUCGAGCGACUCGGAAUUCUCGCUUUUCAUCGUCAAACCCGCCAAUCCGACGUUGCUGACUUUGUACGAAGUUUGGAAUAUUCUAGAAAUUCUGAAAAUGCCACGUGGCACGUCGUCUGACGUGCAACAACAAAUCGAGCAAGUUUUGGAGCUUCAGAACCGACUGAAUGAGGUGGAAUCUUGGGAAAAAAAUUCGGCUACAAUUCAAUUGUUCAGAUUGCGUUCGACGCGCGUCCGGAUAUCAUCAAACUGUCGGAAAUUCAGUCGAAAAUGCCGUUUAUCGAUUGGAAAACGUUGACCGAUUCGUUGUACGACAAUAAUAUUGGUGGAGGCGGGAGUUUGGCGGAGAAAGUUUUCGGUUUCAACACGACGUAUUACGAGGAGGUUCGUUGGACGUUCGGUAACAGAAUGAUUUACAGUACUGGCCAAAAAGGUAUUCGCAAACGGUUUUUUGAGCAUAACUUUGCUGAAACUUGAGGGAUCGAUCUGAUAUUUUAAGACAAAGUUUAAAACGUUAAAAGACGUUGAUUCAACAACAAGAAUAGUCAAUAUUUCGAAAAUUUAAAAAAAAAAUCGAAAAAUUCACGAAAAUGGUAAAAAACCGGAAAAUGAAACUUUGAUUUUUGAGAUCUAGGAGAGACCGGCAAAUGAAAAAUAACAAUAGCGAAUGAUUAAAAUAGUUUUAAUACUUUGUUGGGUAGCCUUUGGCGUCGAUGACCGCCUGACAUCUUUUCGGCAUGGAGUCGAGAAGGGUGUGGAUCACAGACAUCGGAAUGGCCUGCCAGACAGACUGGAGUUGAUCGAAUUUCUGAUUGGCAUUCGAUGCACGGAUCCCUCUGAGUUGUCUCUCGACAUGCUCCCAGAGGUGCUCGAUCGGGUUCAAGUCCGGAGAUUGACUGGGCCAGUCCAGAAGAUUCACGUGGCGGCGUCGGAACCAGUCCUUGAUGUGCUUCGAGGUGUGCUUGGGAUCGUUAUCUUGCUGAAAAACGAACGCCCGUCCCACAUUAGACCGUGCCCAGGGUCUCAUAGUCUUUUCCAAGAUGUCUUCAUAGACAUAUCGACUCAUGAUUCCCGUAAUUCUUCUCAGGGGGCCGAUUGAAGUCCCAGAGAAACAUCCCCACACCAUCACUGAACCACCUCCAUGCUUGACGGUUUGGAGCUGGUAGCUGGGAUCGAACCGACAUCCAACCGGACGGCGAAUCCACUUGAUACCGUCAGUGCCGAACAGAUUAAACUUGGAUUCGUCGCUGAAGACGUGAUUGGCCCACUCCUGGCGUCCCCAGUGAAGAUGAGCUUUGGCCCAUGCAACGCGGGCGAUCCUAUUUUUUUUUGCUGAUCGAUGGUUUCUUAGCUGGCCGUCGUCCAUGGAGCCCAGCAUGCUGGAGACGUCUCCUGACGGUUCUCAGGGAUGGCGUGACUUCAUUUGGAGACUUUACGAUCAUUUGAAUAUCGGUAGAACUCCUCUGGGGAUCCUCUCUUGAAGCUCGGACGAUGUUCCGAUCCACAUUCUUCGACGUGAUGCGAGGUCUUCCAGGCGAUUUUCGCUCCACCAGGGCUCCCUAAACAUUUUUCUCGAUAAAUAAACUAUUUUUGAAUAUUUCCUCAUCCCGGAAUUGCUUCAAAACUUUUUCAAUGGCGCGUUGACUGCAGGUGAACUGCUGCGCCAACACGUCCUUGGAACAUCCACUUCUGAAGCCGAUGACGAUGGCUUUACGGAUGUCCUGAGAGAUGUUUUUUCUUCCAAGGGGUCUUACCAUGUCUGUAAACAGUUUUAAAUACAUAAGACCCAACACCAACCUUCUUAGAAACUAUAAUAUCCAAAAAUAUGAAAAUAUGAAAAAAGUGAAAAAAGUGAAAAAUACGAAAAAAUUGAAAAAAAAUUGUUUUUUUGAAAAUGAUGCAAUUUCCUUGUACGCAAUUUGUCGUCACCGUGUACGACAUGUACAGUAAAAUUUUCAAAUCGAUCCCUCAAGUUUCAUCAAAGUUAUGCUCAAAAAACCGUUUGCGAAUACCUUUUUGGCCAGUACUGUAAGAUAAAGGUGUAGCACGGAACCCCAGCAUUCCAAUGCGCAAGCGAGUUGUCAAUGGGGCGCGCUUGCAUCCACCGUCGACUCGGAGUUUCUUUUUUCAAUCGAAAACCAGAAUUCUUUCGUUUUUCUCUUAAUAAACGCUCAAAUUUUGUUUUUUGCGAACCCGUAGGGCGAUUGUCUGAGUUAAAAGCAUCGAUUUAAGCGCUAAACGGAGCAGAUUCGUUCAGAAUUGACCAAAUUGAGGGAUUUUGUCGAAAACUACUGAAAAAAAAACAGAGUUUUAACAAUUAUUUGCCGAAUCGAAUUCGGACACUGGCAUUCGAACCGUCCAGUCAACAAGGAGUUUAUUGCGCAUCUUUUAAGCGCUCAACCGUCGAAAAAUAUACAGAAUUGAGAUAAUUGAGGCAAAUUUUCGAUUCCAAAAGGAAAAAAAUUCUGUAAUUUUCACAUAAAACGUUUCGAAAUUGAUGACGAAGCAGUUGACAUUUCAUUUUUUAUUCAUUUCCAAUCAUUAUCAUACGUUUUGACACUGAUUGGUUCUGAAAAGACGGGGAUAAUGCAAAAAAAACGGGAAAAUUGAAAUGAGAAACUCUACAACGACACUCCGAAAUUACGCGUUACGCGCCUUGUUUAGCGCACGUGAAUUGCGUGCCAAGGGAAUUUUUUAUUGGAAGGACGGGGGUUCCGUGUGUAGGUGUAUAAAAAAUGGUGUCAACUAGAUGAAAAAUGUUCGUCUUGUUGAGGCCUGUUGUUGUUUUUUUAGUUUGCACUUUCUCUCUACACCCACUCCCCGGCUCUUGGACGUUUAAAUUUCACACUUUUCAGGUGAGCUCUCUGCUUUCCGAGUUCCCGCCGCAAACCGUCUUCAAUCUGAUCGUUCUCCGCUUCGCGCAUCACUUUCUGCGUUCGGAAGUGUCGGCGGACCGUCAAGAAACGUGUCUCCAUCAGGUCGCCGCGACGAUUCCCGGCAAAACGGUGUUGUACGGGACGGCCGAGCCGCGCGGCCUCAAACUGCUCAAUCAGAUGCUCGGCACGAUUCGCGAGCAUCUUCGCACCAGUUUGACGACGUUGAAAUGGAUGGACGCGCACGCGAUCACCGAGGUGAAGCGCAAGUUUGAGCGCACCAAGUUCACGUUUGGAUUUCAAGGCGAACACCUUAUUCAGGAGGUGUGUGCGGCGUCAAACAGCUGAUCGCCCCCAUUUAUUGCAGUUGACAAUCGAUGCGAACUGUUCGUGGCCCGAAAUUCUUCGUCAAAUUCUCGAGUGGCAAACGCGGAACAUGUUCAAAUCGAUCGCCGAAAACAAUGAGUCGAUUUUUCUCUCGACCGAAGUCUUCUAUUCGGUGCAACGGAAUCAGCUGAGUGAGUUUUUCAAUCAAAUCAACGCGCCUCUUUCCGCUUCUGCACCUUCGCCUCGAUCUGCUUUUUCUUUUUGAGCAUCAUAAACUGAAAGAAAUUGAAUUUUUGGGCGAAAAAUUGGAAAAAUCGACUACCUUCAUCGUCGAGAAGACUGCUCGAGAGCUCUUUGACGACGACACGUUCGCUGGCACCCAUUUUCUGAAAAAUUUAAUUAGAAAAUCACUGAAAACAGCGGAGAAACGGUUGAGAAUCGAGCAUUUUGUAGACAACAAAUUGGGCGAAAAUAUGUGCGAUGGGGCGCGCUUGCAUUCACGACCGAGGAAAAAAUUCGGCCAUAGAAACUCGGCCACGACAAGAAGAAAGAAUCAUGGCCUAUUUUCUUGCGCAAUUGCUAAAAUGCCUCGAAAAACGUCGCAAAAGGAAGUGUUAAAGUUGAAGAAAGCGGCCGCACAACUCGCUCGAAAAGCGCGAAAAGAGGAAGAAGAACGGCUGGAAAUCAAGAAAAACGCACUGGAAAAGGAGGUGGAACGGCUGGCUGAGGAGGUGGAAACGUGGAAAUGGAGGCACGAGGAGGCCGAACGAAUCCACGACGUUCUCAAGGAUCAAGUCGACGAUCUGAGCCGUGACAAUCAGGAUUUAAGCGAAAAAAUCGAUAGAGAACAGGCGGCUCAUCGGGAAACUAUUCAGGAGUUGCAAGAAUUGCUGAACAUUUACAAGUAGGGCUUGUUCUAUUUCUCUCUGGCCUUUUAAUCACUUUUUUCAGAGCCCAGCAGCAAAAAGCAAUGCAAAAAUCACGAAAUUCACCAUCGAGCGACGAAUAUUGA